GUCAAAACCUUCUUUCCCUUCCGGACUCUUCGAAGGAGUACGAGUGUCGCGUAAAACCUCGCGAAAUUUCGGAUAAUUUGGGAGUUUCUGAUCCACUGAACGAUCUGAACGCCAACCAUGGCUGACCAAGCGCCCGAGGAUGGAACCAAGAAGAAGCGUACUUUCCGUAAAUUCACCUACCGCGGGGUGGAUCUGGAUCAGCUGCUGGACAUGAAGCAGGAGGCCCUGAUGGAGCUGAUGCACAGCCGGGCCAAGCGGCGUUUCAAGCGCGGCCAGCGCAGGAAGCCGCAGGCGCUGAUCAAGAAGCUGCGAAAGGCGAAGAAGAACACUCCCCCGAAUGAGAAGCCGGCCUGUGUGAAGACCCAUCUGCGUAACAUGAUCAUCGUCCCGGAGAUGGUCGGUUCCACCGUGGGAAUCUACAACGGCAAGACCUUCAACCAGACGGAAAUCAGACCCGACAUGAUCGGUCACUAUCUGGGCGAGUUCUCGAUGACGUACAAGCCCGUCAAGCACGGUCGUCCCGGUAUUGGUGCCACGCACAGCUCGCGUUUUAUUCCGCUGAAGUAAAAGUGCAAAUUGCGUGUGGUGUUUAUUUUCCAUCAAAAGCGCGUUGAAAAUACAAUACCAAUUGUAAACAAACUA